AUGGAUUUGCCUCAAGUCAAAGAAGAAGAUAUACCAGUAUCUUUCAAUCAUACAGCUCAAGCAUUUUCCAAAGACAGAAUUACCCUUAAUGGCAUCAACUUCGCCCUUGUAGUCCAAGACCGUUAUAAAUGCGAAAGCUGCAGCCAAAUUAUGAAUUUCGUGCUUGUCCCAGCUCACACAAAGUCUCAUACAAAGCCAAUAUCAACAGUGCCUACUAAACCAAGAGGCGCCCCUCCUAUGCAUACAGAAUCUUUAGAAUUUGAAGAUUCAAAAAGGUCUUCAAAUGGCAUAAAUAAAGGAAAAAAUUCCCAAAAAAAAUCAAAGAAAGCAUCUUUUCCCAAAAUAGGCCCUGAAAACGAUGGUGAAUACUGUUCAAGUGAUACACAGUCAUUCUCUGCAUCUGCAAGCGAAGAUUUUCCUGAGCCCCCAGCCUCUGAUUCUGCUUCUCAAGAAGAAGUUGAAGAUGAUAUAAAGUCCUUUGACAACAAAGAAAAUUUUUCAUCAUGUGACGACGAUUCAAUGUCCAGCUCUUCAGGAGACAGUACAAUGAAUCACCACACCAUUGAAACAAUGGUAAGAGAAAAAGGAGUCAAAGGAUAUAGAUGCAUGUGUGAUGCCUGCUUCUAUACUUACAGAAAAUUCAAGGCCCACACAAAUGUUAAAAAAGCAGGGUGUCCAAGGUGUGGAGAAAUAUUUUAUUGCAGGAACGUCAUGAAAAAACACCAUAUUGAGUGCCUAAAGAGGAAAUGUAGAAUUAAGUAUGAUAGGAAAGAAAAAAUCCCAAAUCCUAAGUAUUUGAGAGGAAUUGAAGAAGCCGUGAGAAAGAUGCACGCAAUUUAUGAGGAAAAUUAUAAGCCGCCAAAUGAAGACGAAAUGUAUAAGGAUUAUGGAAUGCCAAUAAAAUCCAAAAGAAGAUAUGAAUAG